AUAAUUAAAAAAAAAUAAAUUAAUAUCUAAAUUAUUCACUUUAUUUUAAAAAUGCAAUCUAAUUUACAAUACUCUCCCAAAUUUAUUUUUCCUCAACAUGAAAUUGAACGUCUAAUUGAAUUUCUUUCUUAAGUCUAAUCUGACUAAAAUGUUAAUUUAAAGAAUUACGAUGAGCGCUUUCAAGAAUACUUGUCAAAAUAAACAUAUUAAUAUCUAUAAGGAUUGAAUUAAACUCCAAUUAGCAAUUAAAACUAAGAAGUCAACAAAGAAAGCUACAUAAAAAUAUUAAACCUCUUAUUUCCUAAAUAAAAUGAAUAAUUUAUGCUUCAAAAACAACAAAAUAUAUAAUAAAACAUCUGUAAUUAGUAAGAUUCUUAUCAAAUUUUCCUUCUGAAUACACUAAUCUAAUUAAGUAACAACUCAAAAUGCUAAUAAAACAGCACUUAAUAAAUUGAAAAUAUAAAUGCUUAUAGUGAAAAUAUCGAUAAAAGCUUUAAUUAAUUCGAUGCUGACUCUUAGCAAUGCAAGGAUUAUAUUUAAAAACUCAUUUGCACAGUAAUCCUCAAAGAUUUAGAAAUAAAUUCUUUGAAAUAACAACUAUAAAAAUAAGUAAUUGCUUAGUUUAGCUAAAAAUAAGAAGACCCUAAGAAUGAAAGUUAGAAGACCCUUUCAAAAAUUAACAAAUAACUAGAUGAAAUAAUGAAUUUAAUUGAAAUGAAAGAAAUUCUAUAAAAUGAGUGUGAUUGUUCAAAAUCUCAUGUUUUUUAAAAUCAAAAAUUAUUUAACUUUGAUAUCAAAAACUAAGAAAUUGAUUUGUAAAAAUUAUAGUAAAAAACUGAAGCUGUUAAAAAUAAAAUCGAACAAUUCCUAGAUGAAAUGAGACAAAAUAAAAUCUAAAUUACUUAGUAACUCAAAAGUUUAGAUGUUGAUUAAAACAAUCAAAUUUAUAAAAUUCAAAACAAAAAGCAAAAAAUUGAUUUUAGAAAAUCUAAGACAUGCAUGUCGCUUGAUUCUAAACUCUAAGCAUAAAGCUAAUAGCAGUAAAAAUACACUCUUUGCUAACCUAAUAAAAAUUUCAGUGAUUAAAAACUUGUUAAAAUGAUAGAAAAAAACUCCUCUGAAACACCUAAAAGAAACAGCUUAAAAUAGAAUUAUGAAAACCCAAUAAACAAUCAAAAUAUAAAAAGAAAAUCCUCCUUUUUCCAUAAUUAAAAAUUCAAAACUUUUAAUGAGGCUGAUAAUAAUAGUAAUUGCCUUCAAUUCAUUGACACUGACUUCGCUGGCAUAAAAAACAUGACAUCAAUUUAAACUUUAUUAAGAAAAAAAUAAACUGAAAAUACAGAAAAUGUUUCUUACUUUUUUAGUGAUUAAGUUAAAAAAUUUUCUCAUUCCAAAAAAUGCGAGGAGAAAGUUAUCUGCCUUGAUGAAAGUAGCUUUUAUGUUUUAAAUGGCACUGACAAUUUAAAUGGAUAUAAAAAAUUCCCUAUCAAAGAUAUUUCAAAAAUUAUAAUAUCUCAAUCAAAUUAGAAUCUGUGCUCCAUACAUAUCUAAUAGGAGUUUGAACUUAUAAUAGAAACAUCUCACAGAGAGUUACUUCUAAAAUAUAUAAUAAAUAUAUUUUAAGAUGUUCUAAAAAUAAAUUAACCAAUUAUUUAAAAUUCUUCUUCUCAUAAACAAUAAAAAACACAAAAAUAAUAAAACAUACUCAAAAAUGCUAUAUUAAAUUAAACUAAAUAAUAUUUAGAUUAAAAUACAAUUCAAAAUUAUCAACAAGAAAUUAAUAAAUCGUUCGACUCCAUAUCACAAAUCUAACAAUGA